UUCAUUGAAUGAACCCCUUCUUCCAGCCUCGUCCCGUCAUUUCUACUCCACGUGUGUGAUGUUGAUCGCAGGGUGUAUGUACUGGGUGAUUCCAGUGUGCGGAAAUUGCUCUGGUGCUUGUCCUUGCCCUUGCGUGCGUUGAAUUCGGGCCGGGGCAGAUUGCGUUGAACUUGCAAGCUGUGUUUUGUGAAAACCGUUUUCCAAGUACUUUUGCCUGCCAUUAUUACUAGUGCCACCCCAUCUUUCCUUGUAACGUAGCUCCUUGUAACCGCACCAUAUAAAGAAACAUUUUACCCAUUGGCUCUAUGUACUGAAGUUGGCGGAGUACAUUGGCUGAGUGUUAAGAUGCACAGUGUACAUUCCCUAAAUUGCUGCCCUGAUGUUGCUUCAACCAUGGAUAUGUUUGGUGCUGUGCCAAACAUAACAUGUAUUUUUUGGGUCUAGCUUUGCCCAACCUGAAAAGCUCUGUAAGAGACAUGGCAGGAUAUGCCCCUACUUAUUAUCAGAAUUUAACAUAACAUCUAUUGUGUGGUAUUGAUAUAAACUCUUAACAAAUCCCUGGUGUGUCCAUGAAACCUUCAGGUGAAGCGAUGGUUCGGCUCGCGGCCGCGGUGGCCCUGGUGGCGCUGGCGAUGUUGGCGUGCGCGGAUGGUCAGCGGAAGGCACCGACGGUGAUGGUCGCCAUACUGGUGCGCAACAAGGAGCCGUACCUGCCGUUCGUGCUCUCCCGACUGAGCGAGCUCCACUACCCGAAGUCACGGAUGGCGCUCUGGCUGCGCAGCGACCACAACCAGGACCGCUCGCUGCAGGUGCUGGAGGCGUGGCUGGCCGAGUACGGCAGCAGCUACCGCAGCGUGGACGCCGUACUGAACGCCACGACGCCACCGCUGCGGUCGGACGAGACGAGCGCGAUCCACCUGUCGCCGAGCCGCUACCGCGCCGUCAUCACGCUGAAGGAGGAGGCGCUGGCGGCCGCCCGCAGGCUCUGGGCCGACUUCGUCUGGUUCCUGGACGCUGAUGUCAUCCUUCACGACAGCACGGUGCUGCAGCGACUGAUUGACAUGGAGAAGCCGCUGGUGGCACCCAUGCUGCGCAGUCACGGCGCCUACUCCAACUUCUGGGCGGGGAUGGAUCAGGAUUUCUACUACAAGCGCACUGAGCGCUACCCGGUCAUCUACAAGCACAAGGAACAAGGCUGCUUUGCCGUGCCCAUGAUUCACACAUGCGUGCUGGCCGAUCUGCGGCUGGUUGGGUCUGACGGGCUGACGUUUGUUUACUCCAAGAUGGCGGUGCCUCGCGGGCCCGAAAACGAUGACGUCAUCACGUUUGCGUUGUCAGCACGCCAGGCCGGCUUGGAGAUGUACAUCUGUAACCAGGAGGACUUUGGCCAGGUGCCGAUACCGCUGGAGCCUCCCGAAGUCGUCAGCAAAGAGCGGCUUAACAUCGUCAACAUGAAGCUGGAGACGUUGCUGGAGUGGCCUCCGCUGCCGGUGGUGCCUGCGCUGCGUCGCUUCCUGCCACCGCCGGUCGAGAAGACCACGCUGGGCUUCGAUCAUGUGUACAUGAUCGGGCUGGCGAGGCGGCAGGAUCGUCGGCAGCGCAUGCUGGCCUCGUUUGAUGAGCUCGGCAUCGACGCUGAGGUGGUGGAGGCUGUGGACGGGCGCCAGCUCAAUGACAGCUUCCUCUCCGAACGCGGCAUCGAAAUGCUGCCCGACUACCGCGACCCGAUCAGGGACCGGCAGCUGACGUUCGGCGAGAUCGGCUGUUUCCUCAGCCACCACGGCGUCUGGCAGGACGUGCUGGCCCAGGGCCACGAGCGCGUCAUCGUGUUCGAGGACGACGUGCGCUUUCAGCCGUACUUCCACUACCAGCUGGAGCAGCUGAUGGACGAGGUGGAAGCGCUGCGUCUCGACUGGGACCUCAUCUACCUGGGCCGCAAGAUCCUGCAUAGCAACGAGCAGUGGGUGGAGGGCGCGCGCCGACUGGUGCGGCCCGACUACACGUACUGGACGCUGGCGUACGCGCUGACGCGCCGCGGCGCCGCCAAGCUGGUGCGCGAGCAGCCGCUGCGCAAGAUGGUGGCCGUGGACGAGUACCUGCCGAUCAUGUUCGACCGGCACCCGAACGCGGUGUGGAUGGACCACUUCCGCGAGCGCUCGCUGCUGGCGUUUUCGGCCAGCCCGCUGCUGGUCCACCCCAUCAAGUACACGGGCGAGCCGGGCUACGUCAGCGACACGGAGGACGCCGUCACCAUCGGCGCCUGCGUCGCCGGCUCCGUGGACCAGCACACGUGCUCGUAGCUAGCCGGACGGACGCGCGCCACGACCGGCGCGCACGGCCCGGGUGUCGGGGAUCGCGGGUGGCGGCGGCGGCGGCGUCAGCGCCUUGAGCUUUUAUACUGGCGUGACGUCGCAGUGCGUGAGAUUCAAGCGGGGUUUUAGCUGUGUCUAACCGUGGCAACGUCAACCGCCGAAAAUAUCCGAUGAAGGGUUCAAUGUGCCACACCGGGGCUGAUGAAGCGUUCAGUGUGCCACAGCGGGCCGCGCAUCUGCCUGGGAAACCAAUCGUUCGCUGUUUUUACUGGAUCACCAGGUACUGAGCGUAGAAUGGAAGUCAUUUGAUGGGAGUGCCUACUGGUGCUUUUCGUCUUGCCAGCAUUUUUGUAAGUAAGUGAUGCACUAAGUCAUUUUAAUGUAAGUGAGAGGCGGUUUUAGUCAACACUUCUGGGGCGCUUCCGGGGAAUUCAUAUGAAUCCGAUCCUCAACCUUGUGCCAUAUGUGCUGCCAUGCCUCCUGUGUUCCGCAUAAGUGUCCGUGUGUUGCUGACACGGGAUAAUGGCCUGGAGGUUAUGUAGUCUCGCGUAGUGUCGGAUGCUAGAUUCACGUAAAACGAACGUUUUCGCCGAUCGCUGGCCUCGCCCUGCUCACGGGGUGCUGCGUAGAACAUCGGUAUCGUGUCAGUAACACUUCUUCGAUAUAAAUAUGUUCUGGUACGCUAUCUGGUAUUGUAUUUGGGAGACAGAAUUACUACCUUCCUCUGCCAACGAGCCUUUUGCGUGAAUGUGUUGGCUUUUGCCUGGGAAUGAUCCCCGUGUUGUUUGCUAAACGUAAAUAACUUUGAUCGUGCUUUUAUUGGAGCGCGGGGCAUAUUUCUUCGGAUAUAUAUAUAUAUAUAUAUAUAUAUAUAUAUAUAUAUAUAUAUAUAUAUAUACAUGCGUGUGUGUGUGUCACCAUGCAGCAAGUGUAAUGUGUUGAACGAUUUUUUAUGCCGAAUAGAAAAGUA